UAAGAAUAAGAAAAUAAGAAUAAGAAUAAAAAACAACUAAAACAAUAAAAUAAACUAAAAUAAAAUAAAAUAAAAUAAAGAUACAGGCACAGAAUCACAACUAAAGUACAUAUAACCAUCACGUGUCAUACGCCAGUCUGAAUGAAUGAGUUUUUAAAAGAGAUUUAAAAACUGACAACUCUGUAGUAGAUCAUAGCGCAGGUGGAAGGGAGUUCCAGAGUGUGGGGGCAAAUGCAGCAAAAGCACGAUUGCCCCAUUUUUUGUAUUUCAUCCUUGGGACUUCUAAUACUGUGUGUUGAGAAGAGCGCAGGGCCCUGGAGUGGUGACGGACAGUUAAAAGCUCAGCCAAGUAUGCUGGAGCAAGUCCAUGAAUGGCCUUGAACGCAAAUAGACUGUACCAGGAGCCAAUGGAGAGAACGGAGAACUGGAGUGAUAUGGGACUAUUUUGGCAUAUUAGUAAGAAGGCAAGCAGCUGCGUUUUGUACCAACUGGAGCCUGCGGAGGAGGUACUGAUUUACUCCAGUGUAAAGGGCAUUACAAUAAUCAAGCCUCGAGCUGAUGAAGGCAUGAAUCGCUUUUUCGAGAUCUAUACUUGACAAAAAGGGCUUUACCUUUGCCAGGAGCCUGAGGUGGAAGAAACUUGCUGUGACCACAGAACUAAUUUGCUUAUCGAACUUUAGACUGUUGUCAAAAAGCACACCAAGGUUUUUAACGGCAGAGCAAAAGGAGGGGUGAGGGUGUCAAAAUUGGUUUCACUGUGCGGUGAAUCGGGGGUAAAAACAAUGUACUCCGUUUUUCCUUCAUUUAAAAGAAGGAAAUUGUGAGACAGCCAUUGUGUGAUGUCAUGAAGGCAGCUAUGGAGGGGAUCAAGUGCGUCCUUGUCACUGAGCAUUACUGGUAGGUAGAGCUGUACAUCAGCGGCAUAAAAAUGAAAAUGGAUAUUGUGUCUGAAGAUGAUUGGACCCAAUGGUAGCAUGUAUAGUGAAAAUAAGGUAGGCCCAAGGAUGGAACCCUGGGGCACGCCGGAAGAGAGGGGAGCGUGUUGUAUAUAUAUUUGUGUGUGUUUAGUUAAUUUAAAUAUGGUUGUAUUAUAGUUAAGAAUAUGGUAGUGUUGUGCAAUAGAUGUGAUAGUUAUGUGAAAUGACAUGUUUGAACGACAGGUGUCGCUAAUUCGCAAGGUUGUACAGAGCGUAGAAGAAGUAGUUCAGGAAGUCAGAACAAGAAACCCGAAAAAGUGAUACAGACGCAUGUUGAACGUAUGUUGUGUUACGAAGUAAAGAAAACCCAAGAAACGACACUUCUGACGUCAACUUCAUUCUGUGACUAGCAACGAAGUUACAGCUAAGUUACCACAUUCUUUUGGUGCCGAAACCCGGGAGGGAAAGAAGAGAAUACACCCUCAAAGACGACCGAAAGUGGAUUUGACGAUAGCCGUAACUAACCAGCUAGGAAGGACCGUAAAGAUGGCGGAGCAUCUACAGAGGCUGAAGCAGAAGCGCGGAGUUUUACGAGCCUCCACAACGAAGUUGCUGCGUGCUAUUGAAGAGGAGACAUGCAAGGAUGAUGCGAGUUGUGAUCGGCUCGGAGAGCUGCUCAGCAUGCUAGCGGAAAAGGAAACGAAUCUCAAGGAAUUGGAAAGGGAUAUCGAGGUGAACAUACCAUUUGAUGAGCUGGAGGCUGAUAUGAUCAAAACUGUGGAUUAUAAGGACAACAUUAAUCUAUGGAAGGCUCGCGCUAAGAGGAUAAUUGAAAGAGAGAGAGAGAGAGGUGCAGUGGGCGAGCAUAGCUCACAGCGGCUGAGUGACGUGAGUACCCAUUCAAGCCGAUCGACGAACAGACCAUCAAUAAAGUUACCCAAGCUGUAUAUUAAGAAAUAUGACGGUGAAAUAUCAAUGUGGCAUGAAUUUUGGGAUCAGUUUGAGACUGCCAUCCAUGAGAAUAAUGAUCUGAGCAAAGUUGAAAAACUCACAUAUCUCAAGUCAUAUUUGGUGGGUCCAGCAGCAAGAGCUAUAACAGGCUUGAAAAUGACAGAAAGCAACUAUGAUACUGCUGUAGACAUGCUUAAAGAAAGAUUUGGAAGAAAAGACAUGAUUGUGAGUGCGCACAUGUCAAAAUUGCUGAAUUUGAAACCUGUUAAGAAAUCCACAGACAUUGUUGCUUUAAGGCAACUUUAUGAUGAGUGUGAAGUCCACAUGAGAGGCUUGGAGUCCCUAGGAGUCGUUUCACGCACAUAUGGUGGAUUGUUGUGUCCCAUUUUGCUCCAGAUGAUCCCAGACGACCUUGUUCUUACGUAUACACGCGGAAUGCGUUCAGGCCACGAACCGAAUGCUCCAGAGCUUAUAGCAUUCCUACAACAGGAAGUUGAAAGCCGAGAGCGUGCCAUGCAUCUAACCAAAGUAGGGAGCCCCAGCGAAGAAUACCAACCUCCCAUACAGCAUCGAUUCAAGCCAGUAUACGGGAAUGGAAAAUUUAGGAAGCCAAAUGUUCCAUCUGCUGCCACACUCCACACCAGCAGUUCAGAUUCAUCACGAGGAUGUUUAUUUUGUGACAGCACAAGUCAUAAGUCAGAAUUAUGUACAGAAAACACUCUCAGUACGCGAAAAGAAAAGUUGAAGAAAAUGGGAAGGUGUUUUGUAUGCCUUGGGCAACGGCACAUUGCUAAAUUCUGCCGAAGCAAAGUAAUGCCAUGUAGCCAAUGUGGACGGAGACACCAUCCCACAAUGUGUGAUCAAGGUGAGCAGCAAGAAGCUCCAAAUGAUGCUCAAGACACCACAGAUGCUGUCAUAUCUUCUGUGGCUCAUCACCCUGUAAAGAAUACCACAGGAAAGGAGAACACUGUGUUCCUGCAAACGGUGACAGUAUGGGCAGCAGGAGAAAAGGGAAGGAGGAAGUUGCGCUGCCUGAUGGAUGGUGGAAGUCAACGGAGUUUUAUCCUAGAGAAACAAGUAGAAGCCUUAGGACUACCCGUUGUGAGAAAAGAAACAUUGAGGCUCCAUACCUUUGGCAGUGGCUCUCCAGUUACAAUGGAACGUAAUGUUGUGAAGCUAACAUUGCAAAACAUCCGAAACCAAGAGCAAGCACUUGAGAUUGAAGCAAUCGAAAUGCCACAAGUCAGCUCUGCCAUCAUCCAGGUCCCAGGGGAGCAAAUCCGGAAGCACUUAGAAGGUAAAGGUUUGACGACAGCAGAUGUUUCAAGUAGUAGUGAUGAAGAGCUGGAGCUGUCAGUGCUGAUAGGCGCCGAUUACUACUGGAAGGUUGUUUCUGGCAAGGUGGAAAGAUUGUCAGAGUCUCUCGUUGCCAUAGAAACCAUGUUUGGCUGGACAGUACAGGGACCAGUGUCCAUGGCAAGCAUAAAUGAAGCUUCAUGCAUGAAGAUCUGCAUUGAGGAUGCAAGGCAAGUUGCGGACCAGCUACGAAUAUUCUGGGAAAUAGAAUCUCUUGGCAUUUCCAACGAGGUUGAGGAACGAGUGGAUGACAUUGAGGCUCAACAACAUUUCAACACAUCAGUCAGCUACAAAAAGGAACGAUAUGAAGUGAAGUUGCCGUGGAAACAAGAAUCACCAGAACUUCCAGAUAACCAAAGAAUUGCCCGGAAGAGAUUUGAAAGCUUGACAAGGAAACUAAAAACCGAUGUGAUGUUGUUCAAGAGAUAUAAAGAUGUAAUAGAAGACUAUAUGCAACAAGGAAUAUGCGAAAGCGUCCCAGAGACCAACCCAGAAGAAAAUGUGAAAAGCAAUGUCAAGUAUUACCUGCCUCACCACGCAGUAAUCCGAGAUGACAAGGCGACAACCAAGUUGAGAGUUGUUUUCGAUGCCUCUGCACAUGAAGAUGGAUGUCCAUCACUCAAUGAUUGCCUGCUGACGGGACCAAACCUGAAUCCAGACCUCCUCGCCAUUCUUGUGAGGUUCAGGCUAAAUCCUAUUGCCUUCAUGGCAGACAUUACGAAGGCUUUCCUCCAGAUUUCAGUUGCAGAGGAGGACAGAGACGCCCUGAGGUUCCUGUGGUUGACAGGACCCCCUGAUGCAGAGCAAACAAGUGUGUGCACAAUGAGAAUGGCACGUGUAGUGUUUGGAGUGUCAUCUAGUCCAUUCCUGCUCGCAGCCACAAUCAGAAGGCACCUGGAGCAAUACCAGGUGAGUCACCCACACAUUGCUGACACAAUCAAAGACCACCUGUAUGUUGACGACUUUAUUGCCAGCUCGAGAGAUGUUGGAAGCGCUUAUGUGCUAACUAAAGGUGCUAAAGAAAUCCUGGCAACUGCUGGCAUGAAUCUUUGUAAGUGGACAACGAAUUCCCCAGAACUGAAGACCAAAUGGCAAGAAAGUGAGUUUGACUUCACUGCAGAACCUGAAGCACAUGACAGUGUGUUAAAGGUGCUUGGACUAGUCUGGAGGCCAGAGACUGACGACUUUGUCUUCAACUUGAAACACCUCAUGAACAUUUUCAAAGAUAAAGAAAACACGAAGAGAAGUGUCCUGCGGUCCUCAGCAAAGAUAUUCGACCCCAUGGGCUUUCUGACGCCAUUCACAAUAAGAGUGAAAUGUCUUUUUCAAGACAUGUGGCAAAGGGGCCUUAGCUGGGAUGAAGAGCUGCCAGAUGACCUCUCGCAAAGAUGGCAACAAUGGUGCAUUGAACUCCUUCAAUUGCAUCACAUAGUAAUUCCCAGGUGGUACGGAAGUGAGAGCUCGCACGAUGGACAAGAACAAAUUUUGCACGUGUUCAGUGACGCAAGUGAGAAAGCAUACGGUGCAGUAGCCUACCUCCAAGGACUGACAGCCGAAGGAAUUGCAGUGACCAGACUCGUGAUGUCCAAGUCAAGAGUUGCACCCAUCAAGAAACUUACCCUGCCACGGCUUGAGCUAAUGGCAGCUCUCAUUGCAGCAAGGAUGGGCAGUAACCUGCAAAGGGCAAUGAACCUGCACCCGAAGCAAAUCCGAAUGUGGUCAGACUCUAUGAUCGCGAUUCAGUGGAUUCGGAGCUCAGCAAGCAAGUGGAAACAGUUUGUUGCAAAUAGAGUGAUGGAAAUCCAGUCGCUGACAAAUCCAGAAAUCUGGUCACACUGUAGUGGAAAACUCAACCCGGCUGACCUUACCACUAGAGGUCAGACAGUCUCAAGGCUGAAAGAAGAAGACAUCUGGUGGUUAGGACCACCAUUUCUCAAUGCAGUGACUCAGCCAGAGUUAUUGCAGGAAGAGCUCUGUGAAAAGGUAACAGCGGAGCUUAAGCCAAGUCAAGUUGCCGUUCAGUUGAAUAAUACAGAACAGCCAUCACGGGACGCGCUGCUAAAGCUGGAAAACUACAGCAAGCUGAAAACUAUAUUCAGAGUAACAGCUUGGAUUAAGAGAUUCAUCUACAACUCUCGCUCCAAGGAAAGAAAGCAAGGAGAACUGACAGCUGAUGAGCUAGCGGAAGCUGAAAGAUACUGGAUUUUGGAGGUACAAGGUCAUAACUACCAGAAGGAAAUAAUGGAACUAAAGGCAAAAAGGGACAUUCAUAAGAACUCGAAGAUACAAGCUCUAAAGCCGUUCCUCGAUGACAAAGGUUUGGUCUGUGUCGGAGGGAGACUGCAACAUUCAGACAUGAGCUUCAGUGAGCGGCAUCCAUACAUCAUGCCUCCAACCCACAAGCUGUCAGAAAUGCUUAUUGAACGCAGUCAUGGACAGGUCAUGCAUGGAGGUGUGAGAGACACUCUGGUGCAACUAAGAUAA